GAAACUUUGAAAGGUUGGUAUAAAAAUUGUGGCAGCGGCAACGUCGAGUUCAGUUGUGGCAAGCGCGCCCUGCGGUAGUGAAGUGGUACGCCGGAGAGCAUGCUUUCUCUUAUUUUCGCGGCUUGCAUAGCCGUAGCAUGCGCCCUCCCUUCAUACAUAGCGGUGCCCGCGGACCAGAUAGCCUUCGUGGACCUCACAGCGUUGAGAGCUCGACGGGUUCCGAGGCAAACACUGGCUCCGCCAUCACCGCAACUGCCAGAAGCUUUGUAUGAAGACAAUUAUCAACCGAUACCACUACAGAACUACCAGCAAGGAACUGUAGCGCUCGCCCCUCCUCCUGUGCCAGAAGCCCCAAGAGCACAAGCGCAAGAUGGGGCUUCUAGUGAAACCAACAUAGGCGCAGUCUCCCAAUACGCCGAAAGACCACCAGACUUCGGGGAAUACGUUGACUUCGGUGCUCACACCGGGGACAACGGUGCUUUCGGCUGGUAUGCCGAUUAUCCCGUUAAUAACCAGGAUACAUCGGGUUAUAGGAAGUAGGGUAUAAAAUGAUAGUAAAUUGAAUAUACCCAUCGCAAUAUCUGUUGAGCGAAUUGGGUACAAAACUUCAGUAUUUUAUAGAAUAUCUUUUUUAAAAUCUAUUAAGACUUAGAAAUAGUAGACGAGAAAAAUUCUUGCCAAUAAUUUUGGAUAUAACAUCAAAACUCGAAUUACCAAAGACAGUAUUUUCAAGUGAUAUAAUUAUUUUAAUUGUAAGCCGAAUUACCGCACAUUUGUUUCAAACGGUGAAUUCCGCUAAGCACUUUUUGAAUAAUGUUCCUUUACAUUAGAUUUAGGUUGACAAAGUACACUGUGAUAUGCCACCAGGGUAGUUCAAAUUUAUAUAACACCUACCUAUAAAUCUUUUCUACAUCUUGACUACUCACUGCUUUAUCUUUUUCUUUUGCAUUUUCACUCUAUUAACUCUAUCUUUUUUUCCUUACUCUGUUUUUUAUCAAUAAAUUUCUUUUCUUCUUUCAUCUAUACUCUUUCCGCAACUUCACG